AUGGAAAUAUUUGAUCUUUUUGGAGAGGAUAUUAUAACAGAACAUUAAAAUGAUAAGGUGAAAUAAUUGAGAUCAGAAAAAUAAUAAAUAAAGAAUGAACUUCAUAGAUAGAAAGUAGUUUAGAAGAAGAAAGAGAAAAAAAAGAAAAUAAAGCAAUAAAAAUAUGAGAUCAUUUAAACUUUAGAAAGUCAAGAAUAAAAGAAUGAUUUUGUUCAUUAAUUUAAAGGAGUGAGAAAUCAAAAGAAAGAGAAUGGAAUAAAAUCACUUUAAAGUCCAUUUAGGAUUAUUAUUGAUUGUGGUUUUGAAGAUAAUAUGUCAGAUAAAGAGUAAAGAUCACUUGCUAGAUAAUUAUCUGAACUUUAUAUGGAAAAUAGAAAAUCAGAUAUCCCUCUUAAAAUCUAUAUUACAAACAUAUACCCAAUUUUACAUAAAUAUUUAGAGUAAUAUCAUUAUAAAUAAUGGUAAUUACUAUCAGAUGAGAAACUAUUCAUAGACAUAGAAGAAUUUUAAUAAGCAAAUAUUGUUUAUUUAAGUCCUGAUGGUGAAGAGGAAUUAUAAGAGAUAAAGGAAGAUGAAGUCUAUGUGAUAGGAGGAUUAGUUGAUAGGUACUUUAAAAUUUAAAAUUAUUAUAGAGUAAUUAUAAAAAAUGCUACUUUAAAUAGAAGUAGAUAAUUAGGAGNUUUAUAUUAUUAAUCUAUUGCUAUCACUCUAUAAAGUAAAUCCAAUAUUCUUAUAAUUUUCUUCAUAUACACUAAAAACGUUUAUAUUUUAGAUUUUUGUAUACUGUAUUACAUAUAUUACUCUAGUUAUAAUUGAAUCAAUCUAAAGAUAAUUCUAAACGAUUGACAAGGCCUUUCCCAUUCCCCACUUGCAGAUUCAUAUCUUAUAUGAAUUAUUAGUCUUAUAUUUUCAUCAAAUAAUUAUCUCUCUUUAUUUAAAUUCAAUUCUUAAUUGA